AUGAGGCCGCCCCAGAGCCGGGGCAGGAGGGAGCCGUGCCGGGCCGGGCCGGGCCGUGCUUGCUGGGAGCUGGAGACACCAACUAUGUCCUGCCUCACCCGUGAGUACCCUCCCAGUGCCACCCCCAGCACCUACCUGGGCACCCACUGCACCUCAGCACCUGCUGCCUCCUGGCCCUGGCACCCUGCUGCCGGCGUUCUGGCGCUGCUGCUGGGCACACUGCUGUGGGCACCGUGGCGGGCACUGCACGGGGCACCGCUGGCAGAGCUCUCUGGGGACCAGGACUUCCAACUCUUCCUGCACAAGAACCUGGAGUUCACUCGCAAGAUCAAGGGGGACGUGGCAGCGCUGCAGCGCGUGGUGUGUGACACAUUCCAGCUGUGCAAGGAGGAGGAGCUGCUGCUGGUGCGGCAGCACCUGGGCAUCGCGCAGGCAGCGCUGGAGCAGUGCCACAGCCGCACCUUCCAGGCGGAGGCCUGCUUCAGCCAGAUCCGCAAUGGGCUCCGUGUCUACCACGGCUCCCUGGCUGCCAUCCUGGAGCUGCUGCCCUCCCAUGCCAACCUGGUGGAGACGCUGCAGCUGGAUGCUGCCAACCUCUCCUCCAACAUCCAGCAGCAGAUGGAGGACCUUGGCCUGGCCACGGUGACAUUCCCCACGGAGGCUCAGAGCCCCCUUCCCACCUUCUCCUCCCACUUCCACCACCAAGUUGGAAGCUUCUUCAUCCUGGCCAACUUCCAGCGCUUCCUGGAGACAGCCUACCGGGCACUGCGGCACCUUGCCCGCCUCUGA